AUGCUUGAAAACCUUGAACUUUCUCAUAAUCAAUUGAGUGGGAGCAUUCCAACUAGUAUUGGCCAGCUUUCAAACCUCAUUAAACUAGCUGUCGAUAAUAACUCAUUGGUUGGGGUUGUUUCGGAACAUCACUUCACCAAACUUCACAAUCUAACCGCAUUGUGGUUGGAUGAUAAUUCAUUAGCGCUGAAUGUAAGCACACAUUGGAUUCCUCCCUUCCAAUUGAAGAGUUUUUCUGCACGCUCCUGCAACAUCGGAUCUCACUUCCCAAAUUGGCUUCAAACGCAAACAAAUCUUGAAUAUUUAGGUCUUUCGAAUUCGAGUAUUGGAGAUACAAUACCAGAGUGGUUUGAGAACAUCACCUCUCAUCUCCAAGGACUGGAUUUGUCACACAACCAGAUUGAUGGAAACCUGUCACGAAUCAUUACGAACCCAGGUCUCAUUUUUUUACUUCUCGGGAAAAAUCGAUUCACUGGAAGCAUUCCAAUACACUUAUGCGAGUUGGUUGAUAUAAAAGCACUAGAUUUAUCUGAUAAUAACUUUUCUGGAGUUCUUCCGAAAUGCUUAGGGAACUUGAUUAGGUUACGGAUGAUGGAUCUUACAAAUAAUAAUAUAAUCGGUUAUGUUCCGAAGUCAUUAGGUUUCUUAUCUUACCUCGAGUCAUUACACUUGCAAAACAACAAAUUUGAGGGCAAUCUUCCGGUUGCUUUACAGAACUUGACAAACCUAGUCACCUUUGAUUUAGGGAACAACAUGUUGACGGGUAAUAUCCCUUCUUGGAUUGGAAAAAAAUUAUCAAAGCUUGCAAUCUUGAAUCUCCAGUCAAAUAAUUUCACGGGUAAGAUCCCACUCGAACUCUGUCAAAACAACGCUCUUCAAAAUUUAAACUUAGCGAAUAAUAACAUAACUGGAAUGAUCCCUGGUUGCUUUUAUAACUUAUCCGGUAUGAUCGUGACUAGUGGUUACUUUGAACACGAUUAUUAUGGAUAUGAAGAAAACGUCGAGGCUUGCAUAAAGGGUAUUCAAUUGAAGUACACCAAAACACUUAGGUUUCUUACAUCCUUAGACCUGUCAAGCAACAAGUUUAUUGGUGAAAUUCCCGAUGUUUUGAUGAACCUUAUAGCCUUGAACAACUUGAAUCUUUCUAGAAACUUGUUAAGCGGACAUAUCCCGUCAAGGAUUGGAGAUCUAAUGCAAAUGGAAUCUUUAGAUAUUUCAAUGAACUUGUUGUCUGGACGAAUCCCUCCGAGUUUGGCUACAUUAAACUUUCUAAGCUACUUGAAUUUAUCAUUCAAUAACUUAUCUGGUCAAAUACCGUUUGGACAUCAGCUCCAAACUUUAGGCGAUCCAUCAGCUAUCUAUGGAGGUAACAACGAGCUAUGUGGGCCCACACUAUUGAAGAUUUGCAAUAGAGAUAACUUAUUAGACACUCAUAUUAGUGAGAAAGAAGGGAAAGAUGAUAUACAAGAUUUGGGGUUGUUAAUUGGCACAGUUUCUGGUUUUGUUUUUGGAUUUGUGGGACUAAUUGGUAGCUUGUACUUGAUAAAAGAAUGGAGGACAACUUACUUUGAGAUUAUAGAGAAUGUUUACACAUGGCUCGCAUUAUCAAUUCUAGUGACUCUUGCACGAAUAUGA